UCAUUUUCUAUUGGUCCAAAACAAAAGGGAAAAAAAAAAAACAAAGAGAAAAACACUCGGAUUUGGCUUUCAUAAGAAAAUAAAAGUUGACAAUCAAACCGCGCCAUGGCAACAACGGUGGCACAACCGUGUCCUUCAUGGACACGCGGUUCCAUUCCUCUGUCGAUGCGCAUCUCACGACGUCGUUUCAGCGGCAGAACCGCACUCACUCGCUUCACCCCACAUGCUGCUUUGGUCCAAGCAGUGCCUUCACCUUCGUCGGGCAGAGAAAGAGAUAGCUCCUCCAUUCAGGUUGUGACCUUGUCACGUGCCAAUGACCUUCAGGCGGAGGCCAGAGCCAUGGCACGUGCCGCCAAUGCCACUCUCUACGACCCCCAACUCAUUGCCUCCAACUAUGGCUCCCAACCCGUCAAGGUGGUGCGAAGGACCCUUCAGAUUGUGCUUGCGUUGGGUUCAUUUGGGCUGAAGCUAUUGUUGGAUCAAAGGAAUGGAGUGCUUGAUAAGAAUAGAAGAGUUCGUGCAGCUGAGCUUAAGGAUAUAUUCACGAAGCUGGGACCCACUUUUGUGAAAUUGGGACAGGGAUUGUCCACCAGGCCUGAUAUAUGCCCGCCAGAGUAUUUGGAGGAGCUUUCUGAGCUUCAAGAUGGUCUGCCUACAUUUCCUGAUGAUGAGGCCUUUGCUUGCAUUGAGAAGGAAUUAGGACUAUCUCUUGAGUCCAUCUUCUCUUCUUUAUCACCAUCACCAAUAGCAGCAGCCAGUUUGGGACAAGUUUAUAAAGCUCAGUUGAAGUAUUCUGGGAAACUUGUUGCUGUGAAGGUGCAACGCCCUGGUAUUGAGGAAGCUAUUGGAUUGGACUUCUACCUGAUAAGGGGUCUUGGGUUUUUCAUUAAUAAAUAUGUUGACAUAAUCACCAGUGAUGUUGUCGCACUUAUUGAUGAAUUUGCACGUAGAGUUUUUCAGGAGCUCAACUAUGUGCAGGAGGGACAAAAUGCUAGGAGGUUCAAAACAUUGUAUGCUGACAAGGAAGAUAUCUGUGUCCCUGACGUUUUCUGGGAUUAUACCAGUGCCAAAGUACUAACAAUGGAGUGGGUUGAUGGAGUCAAACUAAAUGAGCAAGAAGCAAUUGAGAGACAAGGAUUAAAAGUCUUGGAUCUGGUGAACACAGGCAUACAGUGCAGCCUCAGACAGCUACUUGAAUAUGGAUAUUUUCAUGCAGAUCCACAUCCUGGGAACCUUUUAGCAACACCUGAGGGAAAGCUUGCUUUUCUUGAUUUUGGGAUGAUGAGUGAGACUCCAGAAGAAGCAAGAUCUGCCAUAAUUGGUCAUGUUGUUCACUUGGUUAACCGGGACUACGAAGCUAUGGCUCGUGACUACUAUGCUCUUGAUUUCCUGUCACCCGAUGUUGACGUGUCACCCAUUGUACCAGCACUGCGAGACUUUUUUGAUGAUGCGCUUAAUUAUACUGUGAGUGAACUUAACUUCAAGACACUAGUGGAUGGGCUGGGAAACGUUUUGUAUCAAUUUCCAUUUAAUGUCCCGGCAUAUUAUGCUUUAAUAUUGAGGUCUCUCACUGUUUUAGAAGGUUUAGCACUUUAUGCUGAUCCCAAUUUUAAGGUUCUUGCGGCAUCAUACCCAUAUUUUGCCAAGCGGCUCUUAACAGAUCCAAACCCAUAUCUAAGAGAUGCACUUAUUGAGUUGCUUUUCCAGGAUGGGAGGUUCAGGUGGGGUAGACUUGAAAACCUGCUAGUCCAGGGGAGAAUGGACAGAGAUUUCUCAGCUAAAGAGGCUUUACAACCUGUCUUGAAGGUAUUAUUGAGUCCAGAUGGUGAAGAACUCAGGAUUCUAGUGAUUAAAGAAGCUGUUCGUGUAACUGAAGCUUUUACUCUUAGCACAAUCUCUGAUACAUACAAGUCAGUUCCCGAUUUUAUGAGGAUUAUUGUUUCCAAUGGCAAUGCAAAUGGGCCGAUUAUAACGUCAGAAGCUGAAAUGCAAAACAUGAUAGAGCUUAGAGAUCAAGUAUUCAGGAUAUGGGGACUUUUGCGAUCCUCUAAUGAUUUUGAUCCAGAUCUCUUACUACCUAUACUACAGGUUCUUCAGCAACCUGAGGCACGCAGACUUGGGGAGCGUGUUAUGGGUGGGAUCACUCAACGUCUUGCAGCUCGCUUUCUGCAACAAGUACUUCGAGUUCCAACACCAUCUUCCCUGUAGAUUUGUGUCAUUGUCAACAGAUGUAGUCUAGAUAAGGUUGUCACUAAGGUUAUACGGCGGAUGGCGGCAAGGACCUUUAAGUGCCAUACUACCAUGGUGGUCUAUGGCAGUCUAUGGCGGACAUCAUGGCUGUCAAAAAAUAAAUAAAUAAAUAUAAUAUGAUGCAAAUAUAGAAAAAUAACAAACACAUAUAUUAAAACCAACAACAUAACAAUCUAAAAUUCAUGGGAUUCAUAAUCUAGUGAUAGUCAUCAUAAAAAAACAUAUAUUCUUAACCAACAAAAGGAUUAAAUAGCCAUCAAAACAAAGAAUCAAUGUUAAAAAACAGCAAAACACAAUGACAAUUCCUAAAACUAUUUUGUUUAAUCCUCCUCAUCCUUAUCAUUGUCUGCAUAAUUAAUUUUCACAUGAUGAUGUUGCUCAUUUAAAAAUCCUUCAACUUCUUCUCCAUCUAAAUGUAUGAAAUUAGCAUUUGGCACUAAUUCCUCGUCCUCACUAUGAGAGAAAGAGUUGAGAGAAUUUUAGUAGAAUGUAUUAUUGAUGAAAACAAAAGAUAGUGAUACCCGUGAGGUAUCACUUACAUAUAUAGAUCUAACAAACUAACCAACUUGAUGAGUUGGCAACUCUUAACAGAAAAUAGAAAAAUAUACUUGAUCAAUACAGUAAAUAAUAAAAGUAUUUAUUAUCCUAUUCUCUUCUCUAAUAAACCCCCCACAAGCUCAAGGGGGAUGAAACAUAGUAGAUGGAUCAACAACAUUGAGCUUGGAUCGUAGAAACAGAAAUCUUUUGGGCGACAGCGCCUUGGUCAAAACAUCUGCAUAUUGAUGCUAAGCAGGGAUAUGCGAAACAACAAGAGCUUUACUGAGUACUUUUUUCGAACAAAAAAGAUAUCAAGUUCCAUAUGCUUAGAUCUUGAGUGUAAAAAUGGAUUGUGAGACAAUGCUACUGUGCUCGGAUUAUCACAGAGCAGUAUAGGAGUAUUUAGGUGAACUUUCAAUUCCUUUAGAAGGGGUUGAAUCCACAAGACUUCUGUUACUGCUUGAGCUAAAGCUCUAUAUUCAGCUUCGAUGCUUGACCUUGCAACAAGCAACUGUUUCUUGGACCACCAAGACACCAGGUUAGGACCAAGAUAAAUGCAGACUGCUGAAGUAGACCUCCUAUCAUUAGGAUCAGUCGCCCAAUCAGCAUCAGUAAAGGCAGUGAGGUUGAAGGAAGUAGUAUAACUAGCAGGGGUAAACACCAGUCCAUGUCCAACAGUUCAUUUGAGAUACCUGAGUAUCCUUUUAACAACUUUCCAAUGUUCCUCCAUUGGAGAGCACAUAAAUUGACUCACCUUAUUAACACUAAAGGCAAUCUCAGACCGUGUAAUUGUGGCAUAUUGCAAGGCACCAACUACGGCCUAUACAAAGUUGGAUCAUCAAACAAGGUACCCUCCUUAGCAAGCUGUUGACCACCAAUCAUAGGUGUAGAUAUACCCUUAGAGUCUUCCAUUUUUAGCUUGGUAAGAUCAGUAAUGUACUUGACUUGAGACAACAGUAACCUCCCGUUAGAGAGUGAUUUGACUUCAAUGCCCAAGAAGUAAUCUAAGGUACCAAGGUCUUUGAGAGAAAAAAUUUCAUUGAGCUGAUCAAUUAAUUUUUGCAAUAAGGAGGGAGAAUUGCUAGUGAGGAUAAUGUCAUCCACAUAGACAACCAUGUAAACAGUAGCAGUUGGAGUAGAGAAAAUAAAUAGGCUAGGAUCACACUUGCUUUUGCUGAACCCAAGCAUAAGCAAGACAGAUGUUAAUCUGUCAAACCAGGCACGAGGAGCCUGUUUGAGGCCAUAAAGGGAUUUCUGCAGUUUGUAGACAAGAUGUUUGUUUCCAGGUUCAAUGAAGCCAGGAGGCUGAGACAUAUAGAUGUCCUCUUCAAGCAUUCCAUUAAAAAAUGCAUUAUUGAUGUCAAGCUGUCGAAGUGGCCACUGAAAAGAAAUUGCAAGAGAGAGAACAAUCCGGAUGGUGACAGGUUUAACAACAGGAGAAAAAGUUUCAAAAGAAUCAAGACCAGGUUGUGAUGAAAGCCCUUGGCAACAAGCCUGGCCUUGUACUUAUUAAUAGAGCCAUUAGGAUUUUCUUUAAUACGGAAAACCCAUCUGCAUCCAAUGGAUUUUCUGCCAGAGGGUAAUUCAACUAAUGUCCAUGUUUUGUUGUCAUGUAAGGCCUUGAUUUCAGCUUGCAUGGCAGCAAGCCAAUUAGGAUCAGUGAGAGCAAUUUUAACUGUCUUUGGUUCAGCAUUGGAAAGCAAGAGUGUGGGAUUAAUUAUGGGUUGAAUAAUUCCAUUUUUGGAACGCGUGGUCAUGGGAUGAACAUUAGGAGGUCUGGCAGAUGGUAAAUUCGAAGAAGAGGCAACUGUAGUAGAGGAUAGAUGUUGAGACAAAGUUGGAGGGGUAGUGGAGGUGUUAGCAGGUGUAGGAGAGGAAGAGUGAAGAAAAUUGGAUUCUAAGGAGCCAGAGCUAGAAGAAGGAUCAGGUUGUAUUAGGGUAAAAGAAGAUGGGUUGUGAGAACAAACAAGAGAAGGAAUUGUAGAAACAUAGGUGGCAAGGGUAGAAGCAUUGGAUUUUGUAGUGAAAAGAUCAUUAUAGGGAAAUCGGCCUUCAUUGAAUACAACAUCCUUGCUGAUAUAGAUUCUGCCAGACCUACUUAAACAUUUGUAAGCCUUAUGGCUAGGUGAGUAUCCCAAAAAUAGACACUCCUCUGAUCGGGGUUGAAUCUUGUGUUGAUUGUAGGGUCUAAGUAAUGGAAAACAGGAACAGCCAAAAACCUUUACAAAUUUAUAAUUAGGGUCCUUGUUGUGAAUCAGCUUGUAGGGUGACUGAUAACCAACUGAUGAGGAGGGCAGUCUAUUGAUUAAGUAGGUGGCAGUCAAGAAGGCAUGAUCCCAAAAUUUUAGUGGUGAGGAUGCAUGGUGAAUCAUUGCCAAACCAAGUUCAACCACAUGUCUAUGUCUCCGUUCAACCAUGCCAUUUUGAUGAUGAGCACAGGGACAAGUAAGUCUGUGAAUAAUGCCUUCUUGUUGUAGAAACGGGAUUAAGGUACGAAAUUCACCACCACCAUCAGUUUGAACUGACUUGAGAGGAGUUUGAAACUGUUUCUCAGCUAGAGCUUUGAAAUUCAGAAAAUUUGAAGAACAUCUGAUUUUCUACGAAGGAGAUAAAUCCACAUAUAUAUGGUACAAGCGUCAACACAUGUUAAAAAGUACAAAUAUCCACAACUAGAUUCUAAUUAUGCAGGUCCGCAGACAUCUUGAAAAACGAGUUCAAGUGGUUUGGAAUAAACAGUAGUUGAAGAUUGAGAAGGAAUUCUAUGAGAUUUGGCAAUACAACAUGAAUCACAAAAGUCAAAAAUUUUAUUAAUAGCCGGAAUAUGAAUAUUACAAGUUUGUAAGGCUUUAGUUAGUGCAUCAUGAAGUGGAUGCCCUAACCGUAAAUGCCAAUAUUUAUAGGUAUUGGAAACAACAUUGGUACAUUUUUUGGAAAGAAAAAUACAAGGUUCAGAUUUAAGGAAAGCUGAAUUCUUCUCGCUGUAGACGUUGUUAGAUUCAUUCUUUGCUAGAGUUGGGUGAAAAUGAUAGAGACCAUCUUCACCAAGUUUUCCUUCAAGAAGAGUCUUGUUCAAAUCCUGUGAUUUGACAAAAUAGAAAUGAGAAUAGAACACAAAAUAGACAUUGUUUUCUUUAGCAAAUUUAGAGACACUGAUUAAAUUUUUGGUUAAGGUGGGAACAAGUAAUAGGUCUUUUAGAGACAAAAUUUUGGACGGAUGAAUAGGGGACCGAAACAUAUUAGAACCUAUUGAGGCAAUAGAUGUACCUUGGCUAUUGGCCAUGACAAUGUGCUCUGCUCCUAUAAAUUGAGCACUCUGCAAGAGAUGUUGAGGAUCAGGGGUGGCAUGAUGAGAAGCACCAGAGUCCAGAAUCCAUGCUGUAACAGUGUUUAGGGUUGGAGCAGCAUGUUGAGCAGAGGAUACAGCACCCGGAUGACCUUGCUGGUUAGACGAUGAUGCAGGAAAAGUGAACCCAGGAGGUGGAAGACCAAAACCAAGAAAAGUGGUCCCAAGAGAGCCACCCAAGGCAUAAGCAGGCCACGAGACAGGACCUGAAUGUCCAAGCAUGUUGGCAGAUCCAUAAUGGGGAACAAUUCUAGUGUUAGAGAGAAAAACAAAACCAGGUCCAGGAUUCUAAGACACAUACCCAUGCUGAGGGCUGAGACCAAAGGUGGGGUAAGAGGCAAACAUUGAAUUGAAGGGUAGUCCAAAACUGCCUAAGGAUAAGCCACUAGAACGCUGUUAACACGUGGAAGCCUCAUGUCCACGUUUAUGACAGAUUUGGCAUUGAACAGGAGGACCACGAUUUUGUCCGCCACGAGCACCACCACGGCCACGUCCUCCAUCGCGAUUCUGUCCAGAGAAAUUAUUGAAGCCACCUUGAGAUUGAGACGGGAGAUUCUGAAAUGUAUUAGGCUGAGGAUUUGACAUUUGUGGCUGCUGAAAUGCCAAAUUUACAUUUGGAAUUCCAUUUGGAAUAGAGGCAGUUUGGGCAAGGUUGCUUGAUAAGGGUUCUUGAAUUACUACAACCUUUGCUUGUUCAAGUCUUGCUUCCUGAGCAAGAAUCAUGGUCUCAAGUUCGGCGAGAGAAAGAAUAUCAUCUCGACUGACAAAGGCAGUGACUGUAGAAACCAGGGAGUCAUAUUCAGGUGGGAGACCACCAAUAAUACUCUCAGCGUGUUCGCGGGUUGAAAUAGGGCGAAGCAAGGGUUUCAAUGAUAGUGCUGAUGUGAAGCAAAUAUUUUGAACACGCUCUUGUUCCUUUCUUGAUAGUGCGAAGUUCAAGUCGAAGUUGUGUCACUUUGAUUUUGGUGAGGGAUUGAAAAUGUUGAAAGACCAGAUCCCAAAUUUGAUACGAGUGACGGCAAGAGACAACACGAGCCUGAAUCGAUUUAGAAAGUGUUGUUAGGAGCCAGGAAAAUAGCAGCAAGUCCUUGCGAUCCCAGGCAGUAUAUGCGGGAUUGAUAUCAUUGGCAUCACGAUCCUUAGCAGUAAGAAAUUUUAGUGGAAUCUUUGGAUUGAUGACAAAUCUUUCAAGAUCAUGGGCGCGAAUCAUAGCAGUGACCUGUUGUUGCCAGGUCAUGAAGUUCAUCUCAUCCAAUUUGCAUGUGACAGUUUGGGAAAAUGUGUGUGAAACAGAAUUGUUAGAAUUUGCAGAAGCGGAGGCCAUUGGAGCAAGAUUGGGUUAGAGACAAGAAGUAGCGGAAAAAUUGUCAAGAGCAAGAAAAAGAGAGACAACGGGAAAAAGAAAAAUCUCAACAAGUCACGCAGAACGAGCGCGAACAAAAAAACAGAAACGGCAAUGUGCACGCAAUCACAGGACGAGGCGAAGGCGACGCGAUCGGAAAUGGAAAACGAACAGAGACAAGUCACGCAAGAAGAGCAAAAGCGAAAAAGGAAUCCCAGAUCUCACCGUGCUCACGAUGAUACCAUAUGAGAGAAAGAGUUGAGAGAAUUUCAGUAGAAUGUAUUAUUGAUGAAAACAAAAGAUAGUGAUACCUGUGAGGUAUCACUUACAUAUAUAGACCUAGCAAACUAACCAACUUGAUGAGUUGGCAACUCUUAACAGAAAACAGAAAAAUAUACUUGAUCGAUACAGUAAAUAAUAAAAGUAUUUAUUAUCCUAUU